ACUCUGAUCCACAUUUAAAACAUUGUGAAAAACUCUUUAAGCAUCAUUGACGUUCCCAAUCUUGAUUUUCCAACGCCAUCCACAAAUAUUCUUUUUUCAUAAAAUUUCAUAUCUUAUAGUUAAAACAAUCAUUUUGAAAUUGCAACCAAAAUUACCUUGAACAAUAAUUCGUAUAACGAAAAAUUGAUAAAAUCCAGUUUAAUCCCUUGAUGAUUCAUACUUUCUCCGCGGGAGAGACACCAUCAGAGAAGGUCGUUGAUUCCGUUAAUUUGACCGAUAUUGUCUUGAUAUCACUAUCGACAAAGCAUGACUUUUCAAAAUAUUUUAUUAGUAUUUCACAUUGUUUUUGUUUCCGUCGUAUUUUCUGCUGAUAUUGAUUUUCCUCUAAUAUGCGACAAGGGGUAUCGAGUAUCGUCGAUAAAUCGUGCCAAAACCGCCUACAGCCUCUUGGGUAGUCUAACAGUAGAAUGUGAGCAAAUUGCUCUCGCUGAGAGCACAAAUUGUGCUCCACAACAGAGUGUUCCAAAGUGCACGGGUUUGUUGGAAGGAUGUACUGGUAACACAUGGCUAGGAGGAUUUCACGUCUAUCUGCUUGAAAACACUACACAAGCCGCAGUGCUUGACCCAGUUUGUUGCUCAUCUCCUUCAGUCCAAAUUGAUGCGGGAUCUUGUAUAAAUGAUCAAUUAAAUACCGGAACUCGCGACUUUUCUCACUCCAUCGUCGCUGAUUUGGUGUACCGAGGAUGGCAAUGUUGGCAUCAAUACGACUUGAAACGUACUCUAGUGGAUCUUCUUUGGAAAACUGAGAUAUGUCCAUUUUCUUCCACUGAUUUUCCAGUUAUCACGAGAAAAACCGAAUGUGAAGAGUGCUCAUGUGAAUGUGGAAUUGAGCAAUGCUCAAAUGGGGCAAGUCCAGUUCGAGUUAUUCAUAAAAAACUUCUUCUUCCAUGUGCAUGUGAUUGUACUUGUUCUUUUAAAUGUUUGUAAACGUUUUUUUCAUUUUCGGAACUAAUAAACUAUUUAAAAAAUA